AUGAAGGGCAGGAGGAACCGGCGAGCGGGGGGGGCGAGCGGACGAAAGCCGAGGAAGGACGGCGGCGCCGGCGGCGGGUACGGUCGAGGAGGAGCCAUGGCUCGGAGACGCCGGCCAGGCGUUGAUGUGGGUAUUUGGCGAGGGCAAGUCGUCAAGUCGGUGAAAGUCGGUGAAGGGCCUCUUCCCUCCCGAGUUCCGGCGACUUGCGAGGAACUCGGGAAGGAAGAGGCCCUGCGCCGACUUGACGACUACGUGGGAGUUAGUUUCAACGAGCUGCCCGGUUCGAUAGGGGGCGUCUUCGCAGGAAUUCGGGAAGGAAGAGGCCCUGCGCCGACUUGA